AUGGUAGCCCAAUACACCUACUCAUACUUCCGCGUCUCCAAGACAGACGACGUUCAAACGUCUGCACGCAAAUACCGAGAUCUACGUCUCCAGGCACUCAAAGUCUCCCCAGAAUCAUUCUCAUCCACCUACGAGAUUGAAUCAGCAUUCACAGAAGAAGAAUGGAUCUCCCGUUUGACUGUUGAAAACCGUGAAGUCUUCAUCUGCAGCGCGCAGCCUUUAGACGGCUCAGCCACAGAAUGGAUCGCUCAAGUCACUGUCUGCGGCCCCAUGUCCGAGGCCGACUUUACUCUGCCCAUUGAAUCUGAACAGCCAGCUCAAAAGUCCGAUGAAGAAGAAGAGCGCUGGCAGAUGCUGAGUCUAUUCGCUCUCCUCUCCCACCGCGGCAACGGACUUGGAGGCAAGUUAUGCCAAGAGGCACUCAACUAUCUCCGGACCUUGCGCUCGUCACCCCCAGGCGUGCAAGUUCGCCUUAUCGUGAAAGCUGGAAAUGAUAUUACAAUCAAUCUAUAUAAGCGUCUUGGAUUUGUUGAUGCCGGGAGGGCCACACUUGCCGAGGCUCUUAUUGCGAAUGGAGAUUCGCACCUUUUACCGGAGGAUAUCAGCAUUCCGAAGUUUUCCAAUCGCUUUGGAAUCAUUAUGCUUAUCCGCUUAACACGCUGA